UACUUUCUUCAAACCUCAGGAAUGAAAAUAACAUUUACUCGGUAGAAUAUAGUGAAAACGAGAUUAGGAGACUUUCCAUCUCAUCUUCACUGUAAACAAAAUGAUAACCAAACUCCAUCUCCCUCCUCCCUUACCGUCUCUUUCCUCUUCCUUAAACCCAACCAAAACCUCCCAACAACCACCACCCGCCGGCCUCCUCUUCCGCCAGAAACUUCUCCACCUUCAGACCCUGAACGUCAACCCCCAUAAAGUCCUCAACCAAAACCCUGAUUUCCGCUCCACUCCUCUCGCCUCCCUCAUUUCUCUAGAAGACUACUUCCUCUCUCUUGGUCUCUCACGCCCCGCGCUCGGCCGCAUUCUCGAUAUGCACCCCAAACUCCUCACCUCCAACAUUCACUCCGAUGUUCAACCAAUCAUUCAAUUCCUCCUCCACGAAGUCCUCAUCCCCUCCGGCGAUCUUCCCAAGUCAAUCACUCGAUGUCCGCGUCUGUUGGUCACCGAUGUCGAAACCCAAUUGCGUCCGGCGUUUAAGUUUCUUAAGGAAUUGGGCCUCGUGGGUACUCGUAGAAUUAAUUGUCAGACAACGUUGUUGUUAGUUUCCAGUGUGGAGCGGACGCUAAAGCCCAAGAUUGAAUUUUUAAAGAGUUUGGGGUUUUCGGAUGAGGCGGUGGAGAAUAUGGUGAUAAGAUCACCUGGGUUGUUGACGUUUAGUGUGGAGAAUAAUUUGGUGCCGAAAGUUGAGUUUUUGGCGGAGGAAAUGAAUGGGGAUUUGGAGGAAAUCAAGAAGUUUCCGCAGUAUUUUUCAUUUAGUUUGGAGAAGAAAAUUAAGCCCAGGUAUAGGGUUUUGGUUGAGCAUGGAUUAAAGCUUCCGCUGUCGAAAAUGCUGACAGUUAGUGAUGGGGAGUUUGAUGCCAGGUUGAUUGAAAUGCGGUUACGGUUGGCUGAAAGGAAGAGAUAAUUAUUAUAAGGAUACAGCUAAAUAAGAUGGUAAUUGUAUUGUAUGUAUAUGAUUUUUUGCAUAAAUUAAAGCCUAUUUGAAAUUUCUAUGUUAUUCUGAUUUGUGAAUAUAAGCAAGAUUUAUUUGGAUGCCAAUUUCGGGAAACUAUCAGGAUGUCAAGAAAAAUGUUUGAUGAUGUUCAACCAUAUGCAUACUUUGAUAGGUUUUACCAUGGCAGAAUACAAAGAUAGGUUUUAUUUCCUGCUAUCUAUAAUUUGGACUCUUAACUUUUCAAAUUUGGUUUUUGUUUUGAGAGGAUAUGUGCGACAGAUUUGGGUUUAUUUUGUAGAUUUACGGGGUUUCUUGUGGCAGUUAACGGGAAAAUUUUCCAAUGCAGGGUCUAAUUUUUUUUUUUUUUUUUGGCUGUAGAAUUAGACAUGAUGCAGCGUUGAAAUACUAUUUUGUUUUUCUUUUUAGGGUGUUUCCAUGACUGUGUAUUUUCCUUUUAUCUGUUAAUAUUUUGUUUCAUUUUGAGGUAUAGAAUGGUAAAGGUUUUUCAUGAAUGUUGGAUUUAGAAUUGUUUUUUCUGGAUUUCUUAGAACUGAACUACUUCAGAUGUUUUUCUAGAUAUAGCUAGUUUUACCUUUCAUGAAUUUGUCAGUUAUAAAUUUUUGCUUUUACUGAAUGAGAUUAGUUGGUUGGUGGGUGUAGUCACUAUUAAAACCUAAAGAUAAAAUUUCCUGGAGUAAUCUUCCCUAAAUUUGUUUCUUCAUAAUGUCUAUCUUUGGCUGCUUCCACUUGCUGCUACUCUACUAUUAAUGGGGCUUGUAAAGCAUUUUAAUAAAAGGUGUAGGUGAAUAGAAUUAAUGAAAGAAGCCAGCAAUUUUUGCUUUGUGAGGGGUUUGCAAAUUCAUGGAACCAACCUCUUCUUGAGUUUCCUUUCAAUUUCCCCUUGUAUGAGUUUGGGGGCUUAUUCAACUGGGAACUAUUACGGAAUGACUGUGUUUAGCUUUGUUAAAAGUUGGGAAGCAUAAAAUGGUGUUGUGCUGCUCUAUUGGAUUUGCUUAUUUGAAGCCCCCAUAUGCCUCAAAUCCUUUCAUUUUCAUCUUGUGUGCCCUCAAAAAUUCCAAGCUCGCUGCUCACAACCAGACACAUAUAACUACAAUCAGCUUUGUCAGCUUGCAAAUGGUGGAUACAAAAACUCAUUCAUCUGAGUAUAUCACGAAGUUGUGUUGCUUUGGAUUUUGACCUGGAAAUUCUCUGGAACCUCUGUAGCAGUUUUGUGAGUUAACUAUUGCUAAAGUUUGAUUGACAUUUAUCCCUCUUAUUCAGUGUUUUCAUGAUAGUGGAACCAGCUGGUUAUUAGUUCAUUCAUUCUUUUUUCUUUUUUUUUUUUAAGAAAAAAAAUUAAUGAAAGUAAUCCAAUUUUUCGAUAAAAGUCUACUGGGUUGACUGCUGAUUAUGGAAUAUGCCUUGAAAAGGAUUUUAAAUAUAACUGAUUUUUAAUAUUAUUGUCAUUAUCACCGCUAUCACCAGCACCUUUUAUUAAAAUGCUCUGGAAACAAGCAAAGCAAUUGCAACUAAUUAAAUUAUUAAUUGUUAGAGUUUAUCUCAAGAUUGAGUUUGUUUUAGCAACCAUCCCAAAAUUUGUCUCUUCAUAUUAUCAUCUAUUUUUCUGUGUUAACAUUUUUGGUUGCUUCUAGUAGCAGAAACUCCUGUUCAUGGGGCUUGUAAGUAAAGCAUUUGAUAUAAUGAAAGACGUCUGCAAUUUUUGCUUUCAAAGGUGUUUUGCAAAUUCAUGGAAUUAAACUGUUAUGUAAUAGGCAAUUGAUUAGUUAAAGUAUUUAAUUAAGUAAACCCACUUUCUUUAGUAUUCCUAGUAGCCUUGCCAUUCUUUGCCUAUAUAAAUCUUGCUCCUUUCUCUCCUCCAUCAUGAUUCUUUUCCAGCAGAAGAAUUUCUCAGUAAUCUUCAAAGCAAAAGCAAUGGAAGGGUAGGUUACAAGAAGCGAUGGGAUCACUUCUAGGGAGCCAUUUAUAAACUCGAGCGUUAUCAAUGCUUCAGAGUCGUCUGUCAUCAUCCAUGGAUUAUUAGAGUGUCACAUAUGCUCUUUGUACUGCCAAAUCGGAUCCCUACAGUGUCACUUUAUAUAAAAACAACUGCCAAGUCUUGGAAGAUAACAUUCGUGAUCCCUUCCUUGCAACACGAGCGAGGUGCCUUCUUGCUCAAGCAACUUAACAAACAAUGGCAGAAGCACAAUCUUAUUGGCCGCAGGCUGUUAAAGAUUUUCCAUUAUCUUGAUCGUUACCAAGUCUCCAGGAAGGGAGUUCCAACUAUCCAAGUUGUUCAAAUAAAUACUUUCGAGAUUUAGUUUAUGAGACAUUGAAUGGGAAGAUCAGAGAUAUUGUAAAUAGUUUGAUUAAUGACCAACGCAACUUUGAUGAGAAAGGUUCAAGAUUCUCAAUAAAGAGCCGAAAACAAAACUAUUUCUGAGUCAACUUUGAUCAGAGAUAUGUGGUUGUAUUUCUUCUUAUAUAUAUAUAUAUAUCGAUUUUC